CACCCAUGUCGCAUUUCCUUCUUUCAAUAAAAAAAAUGUGAUUUCCAAUUAAAAAAACUUUUCAAAAUUCAAAUGUUCUCUCUCCUUCAACCCAAACUCCCUUCUUCCUUCCCUCGUCUUCUUCAACUUAAACCCACCAAAAACCCUAACAAAAUUCUUCAAAUCCCUCAUUUCCAAUUCCAAUCUCUCUCCUCAUUUUCAACAACAACAACAAUGUCUUCUUCUUGGUCUUGCUCUAAAUGCACUUUCCUCAACCCGGGUUCUCAAAAAUCAACCUGCCAAGUAUGCCAAACCCCAUUUUCUCUCUCCUCCACGUCAUCGUCUCCUUCCUCGCAACCAAAAUGGGCCUGCAAAGCCUGCACAUUUCUCAAUUCGUAUAGUCUUUCCAAUUGCGAAAUUUGCGACACUCGUGCUUCACUAUCGAAUUUUCAAGACUUGGAUUCGAAUGACCCGGAUGAUGAUCUUUCCGGGCCUUCUUCUGUGGGUUCGGUUUUCUUCCCAUUGCGCCGCUGUAAUACGGGUCGGGUUCAUGAAUUGGAUGAUUUGGGUGUGAAAGAAAAGGUUGAAACUCAAAUGGGCACUGAUCAAUUUGUUAAUCAAGGUGUUCAAUUGAGUAGGCUGCAAAAUUCUGGUUUUAACAAGCGCAAGAUAGAGGACUUACUCUCUGAUUCUGUAUAUAGCUUAGACCAAGAGAAGGUUGGAAAGGCCAAAAUAGAUAGUGAGUCGUUUUCCGAGGAAUUCACUGAAGAUGCUCAACUUGAAGAAGUUUCAGGUGUGAUAAAGAUCCUUUCUUACAAUGUCUGGUUCAGAGAAGACUUAGAGGUGCAUAAGAGGAUGCAAGCAAUUGGUGACCUAAUUAAGCUGCACUCUCCAGAUAUUAUUUGUUUUCAGGAGGUUACUCCUGGUAUCUAUGACAUUUUCCGGAGAUCUACGUGGUGGAAGAAAUAUUGCUGUUCUGUCUCGUACGAAAUGGCAGCCUCUGGGGCGUACUUUUGCAUGCAGUUAACCAAACUUCCAGUAAAAUCAUUCAGAUGUGAGAAAUUCAGCUACUCAGCAAUGGGCAGAGAACUGAGUGUAGGUGAAAUCCAAGUGAAUCAGAACAAGACGCUCGUGAUUGCUACUAGCCAUCUCGAGAGUCCUACACCGGGACCCCCAACAUGGGAUCAAAUGAACAGCAAAGAAAGAGUCAACCAGGCAAAAGAGGCCAUAAAUAUUCUGAAAAGAUACCCAAAUGUCAUAUUCUGUGGUGAUAUGAACUGGGAUGAUAAACUCGAUGGCCAUUUCCCGUACGUUGAAGGAUGGUUCGAUGCUUGGGAGAGACUUAGACCUGCCGAGAUAGGAUGGACUUACGAUACUAAGUCAAACAAAAUGUUGACUGGAAACCGGUUGUUGCAGAAACGGCUUGACAGGUUUAUUUGCAGUCUGACUGAUUUCAAGAUUACCAGUAUAGAUAUGAUUGGAACUGAUGCAAUACCUGGUGUAACAUUCAGCAAGCAGAAGAAACUGAAGAACAAGAUUCAAGAAUUGAUACUUCCUGUUUUUCCUAGUGAUCAUUUUGGUUUGCUUUUGACCAUUACCAGUAAUUUUUAAGUAGCGCAAAUGUGUGCAAUGACCGUUUUUGUACAGGGUAAUACGCCGAUGUCUGUUCCUUUCUUCUGCUCUGGAAUUACUUUGUUGAAGUUGCUAUGCAGGUUUUUAGAUUAGUGUUGGAAUGGAUGUGUUUUUGGUCAGAGAACUGAGCUCUGAGUUUUAGUAUAUGGAUGUUUUAGAUAGAUUUAAAUGAAUGGUUUUCUUUAACUCUUACUUCAUUUGAAUCUUCAUUGUAAAUUCUUUUGACAGGAAAAUCUAUUAGCUGUAGUGA